AUGUCGGCGUUGCAACAGUUGUACGAAACGGUCCAGAAAGAUUUCAUGCGGCUUCCCGUGAAGGUGCCUACUAUCUCCCCUGAUGCUAUGCCCGUGAUUGCGACGGUAUCUCUAGGCCUUGCUUUCUUCUUGGCAUUUUAUUUCACGACCCUGCCCAAGCAAGGAGGUACCAUCAAGGAACCUAUUUCCGCUAUUCUCGGAAGCACUUUUGCUGGUAUUGGUGUUGUUGCCUUGUUUAACGCUGUUGGCGUCUAUGUAUAA